AAUACUCUCUUCUCCACACUUCGUUGCUUCUCUUUUCUCCUCCUCCCGCCCUUUUAAUCCUCUUUUCCGUUUUCGUACUUUACUCUCUCUCCUGACAUCAUCACUUCCUGCAUGAGAUACGGUUCUUUACACCCAGCUCUCCUCUCUCAUUUUUUUCUCCACUCCUUGUACAACCAAUCAAUUUAAAUAAGCUCUUACUCUUCAAUGGCCGGUCGAAAACCACCAACGGAUGGAUUGACCACAAGGCAUGUCAUUUACCUUGUCGUCAUGCACAUGAUUGGUGCAAUGAUUCUAGAUGGCGGCAUUAAUUUUGGACUUGCCACUGCAAUGUACAAGAAUGGUAGCAAAGCUGUCAAACUCUGGCCUUUGCCACAGACCUUGGCAGGGGAUGCUGCUGUUACCAUCAUUAUCCAACAAGCUCUUACUUGGAUUUUAGACAGACGUGCUGUCGGUGGAGACCUCAAGAAAGGUUUGGUGGCGCCUUUGAAGAUGCCCAAGAACGCUCAUCCGAUCAUCCGUUGGUUUGUGGGUCUGGAACAUAUUAGUGCUGAUGUGCCCAAGAACACUCUGGCUAACAAAGUCGCUCAUUUAUUUCGUUUCCAUGGCCCCCGCAUUGCCGUCUUGAUCCUGGCAACAUUUAUUUUGUAUUGGCCUAUUACGAUCGGCAUCCUGUCAGGUCUGAAGAUCCAUGGUGUGGGCAAGGAUUACAGCGGCCUAGGGGGUGACUUUAACCUUUGGCCACUUCCAGAGAUCUUCAAGGGUGUAUACGGCUUCGCAGUAGGCUUGACAACGCCCUUUGUCAGCUACAUUGCACUCAUCUAUGAAGGAGAGACAGUGACUGAGGAGACAAACUCAGAUCUGACAGAACUGUCAACGAGCGCAGGGAAGGACAUUGAACUACAAGAGACGGCCGCUUCGAAUGGUGUAUAAAUAUUGCUCUCAGAUUUUAUAAAUAGUCCCUUUUCACUGUAUUAAGUAUAAUUUAAAAAGAAGGCGGCAUUUCGAGAAGUGUUUAAUGAG